AUGGAGGAGCCGGAGAAGAUGGAGGCGGCGGGCGGGGACGGGGCUGCCGAAGCCCCGCUUCCCCCGCCGGAGGCGCCCCCUGAACCCGCGGAGGCGCCCCCGGGGGAGGCCGAGGUCCCGGAGGAAGCGCCCGCCUCGGGCCCCGAGGAGCCUGCGCCGGCGGACGGGGCCGGGGCCGCGCCGGGGGCGGAGGAGCCGGGCGCUGAGGAGGAGGCGGCGGCGGAGGCGGCGGGCGAAGGAGAGCCGCAGGAGCCGGUCUCCGAAGAGGCGCCCGGCCCGGGGGAAGCCAGCGAGGCGGCGGGGCCGGAGCAGCAGAGCUCCGUCGAAGGGGCGCUGGAGGAGGAGGAGAAGGAGAAGGAGAAGGAGGGCGGCGAGGGGGAGGCGGCGGCGAUGGCGGCGGAGGAGGAAGGGGCCCCGCCUGACGGCGCCCCCGUCCCGGAGAUCCAGGAGGCGCCCUCCGUGUCGGUGGCGCUGCCCAGCGAGGCCUCCUUCGCGGCGGGAGGGCUGCUGGAGCCGCCUCCGCUGCAGACGGGCGUGGAUCUGGGGCGCCGCAUCAGCCUGAGCCUGCGGGACCUGGAGCUGGGGCGCCCCAGCGCGCUGUCGCUGGAGGUGGGCAGCAGCGCCGGCAGCUCGGAGGCCGAGGAGGCGGCGGCCGCGGAGACGGAGGAGCAGCGCGAGCAGCGGCAGGCCGAGGAGCAGCUCCGGCGGCAGGAGCUGGCCGAGCAGUACCGGCAGCUGCUGCUGGAGCGGGCGCGCCUGCAGCACUACAACGCCAAGCUGCAGAGCAAGCUGAGCGAGCUGCUGAACAAGGCCAAGAGCAAGGAGCGCGUCCGGCAGGAGCUGGAGCAGCACAUCUCCGACAAGGAGCAGCGCUACAGCCGCUACCUGGCCAUGCUGGAGGAGCUGCGCACCCAGCAGGCCGACGAGGCCGCCUGGUUCCAGAAGCAGAUCGACGACGCCCGCCUCUCCUGCAGCCACAAGCUGGCCAAGGUCGAGAGCGCCUGGAAGGCCCACCAGGCGCUCAAGAUGGAGGUGGCCGUCUACACCGUGGGGCGCCGGCUGGGGAGCAAGCAAGCCGCCAUCGACAGAGUGGGCCAGAUCCAGGCCAGGGAGCAGAGCAAGGAAAGGGAGAUGACGGAGGUGAGACCUGCCCGGAGAAGCCUGCCCAGACAGGCCAGCGAUGGAUUAGACUUGCUUCUCCCCCUCGCCCAUCAACGAAAAAACCCAAACUCAUCGACCCCCUCCAGCCACCUCACUGGCAGGAGACUGUGGUGCAGCUAGUUAAUUCUCCCCUGGAAGUUACGCUCUUAUCAGCUUAGGCAGUUUAUUAUUUCAGUUGUGAUGCACUGUUAAUAUUUGCCUCCCCUUCCAUGCUUUAAAACUGCUUCUGCAUUCCUGUUCCAGUGGAGGAGGGAUAAGGCAAUAUGGUGUCCUCUGAGCAGCCUCAGACAGCAUAACCAACGGUUUGGGCUGAUGGGAGUCAUAGUCCAUCAACAUGUGGACAGCACAACAUUGGCUACCCAUGUUAGAGCAACGAUACCAAAACCAAGUUGUAAACCCUGAUAGUAAUAGUACAGUGGUACCUCGGUUUAUGAACAGCCCUUUAAUGAACUAUUUGGUUUACAAACUCCGCAAAACCAGAAGUAGUGUUCCGGUUUGCAAACUUUACCUCGGUCUACAAACAGAAGCCGAACGGUAGCAGGGCACCGGCGGCAGGAGGCCUCAUUAGGGAAAGCGCGCCUCGGUUUAAGAAUGGAUUUGGUUUAAGAACGGACUUCAUGAAGAGAUUAAGUUCGUAAACCGAGGUACCAUUGUAGUCAAUAAUAGGGCCACGGGUAAACAAGGAAAGCCUAUGUAGUUAUUUUCAUCACGUGUGCUUAGGCUUAUUAUAGAUAGAAACUUAUGGUGAUAAAAAAAGUAAGAGGCAACUUCCUGAGCAUCUUGUAGUCUGAACUAUUUUAAAAGUCAAUUUUAUUGAGGUUUAUUCAUAGGUGUUACGGCAGGUAAAGACGGAUCCAGAGUUCACAUAAGCUCCCGACAGUUCCUAUUCCAACCCCAAUCACCUCCCAUAAUAGUUUCUCACCUGGAAGAGUUUCAUCCCAAGUCAACUGUUCCACAUACAGUCAAUAGGGGAGUUGUGGCUGCUUCUAUUCCAUUCCUCGAGUUCUUCAAAUCUGCUUUGAGUUAAAUUCUUUGGGUUGUACUCUAAGUAGCACUAAGUCUAUGGUUCCAUCCCAGCAAGGGUUUUGUCUCUUUUUGUAGGAAAUGUAUAUUUGUGCAUGUUGUAAUUUCCAUUUUUAACAUUUUAACUUUCCACCAUGCCUCUCCUACCUGCUCUGGGGUUUCCUUAAAUUCCCUGGAACAGAUUUGGGGAAAAUGAGAGCUGUAUGUGGAGGAGACAGGUGUGGGGGAAGUCGUGUGGUAGAGGUGAUCCUUGCAUUUGCACAACUGUUUAGUUGAAUACCACCCUUGGGUAGGAUAUCUAUAGACUCACUUCAGUUUUUAUCAUGCUAGGUUCGACUGGAAAAUAUAAAGCUGAAACACAGGAUCCAAAAGCUUGAUGCAAGUUUAAAAGCCAUGGAAGAGUUAGCAGAAGGUCUGCACUUAAUAGAUUUUGAGCAACUGAAAAUAGAGAACCAAACCUACAAUGAAAAGAUUGAAGAGCGCAAUGAGGAGCUUAUGAAGCUCCGGAAAAAGAUAACCAACACAGUGCAAGUUCUUACUCAAGUGAAGGAAAAACUGCAGUUUGUGGAAGCAGAGAAUCAUGGCCAAAGGUCUCAACUAAUGGCAGUUGAGGCUUUAGUGGCCCAAAGGAGAGAGAUUCUAACAAAGACUAAACAGGCUAGGGACAAAUUGCGAAUGGACAAUCAGAGGCUUUACCAGAAGUGCGGCUUACUUGGGAAUACACUGCUGUUAAGGGACUUUGAAGAUAAGGUAACUGCUGCUGAAAUGCUGAAUGAAAGGCUGGAGGUACUGAAACGCCAUCAUGCUGCAAUCUCCCUUACUUGCAAAGGGGUAAAGAAGAAAAUCAGAGGGGUGACAUCUUUUCUACCACUCUAAACUUUAUUUUAAAUGUCAAAAAGAGCAAAGUAGAGUGUGCACUAUAAAAUAUUACAUUAAAUAGCAAUUAGUUGUUUGUCCUUAGAA